CAACUCAUUGAGUGUACAAAACUUUUCCUAUAAAACCAAGGCAAAAACUAACGAACAUUUCACAGCCAACUCUCUCUUUAAUACAACACAACUCAACUCAACUCAGCAGCAAGAUGAGUAAUUUGAAAUCCAAGUUCUUGGAGGUUUACUCUCUCUUAAAAGAGGAGCUCCUCAAUGACCCCGCCUUUGAAUUUACGGACGUUUCUCGCCAAUGGGUCGAACGUAUGCUGGAUUACAAUGUAACUGGAGGGAAGCUGAAUCGAGGGCUAUCUGUUGUUGACAGCUAUAAGUUACUGAAAGAAGGGAAAGAACUAACAGAUGAAGAAAUUUUUCUUGCGUCUGCACUUGGCUGGUGUAUCGAAUGGCUUCAAGCCUACUUUCUUGUUCUUGAUGAUAUCAUGGAUGGCUCUCAUACACGUCGUGGUCAACCUUGCUGGUUCAGACUUCCAAAGAUUGGUAUGAUUGCUGUAAAUGAUGGCAUACUGCUUCGCAAUCAUAUCCCCAGAAUUCUGAAGAAGCAUUUUAGGGGAAAGCCUUAUUAUGUGGACUUGUUGGAUUUAUUUAAUGAGGUCGAGUUUCAAACAGCUUCGGGACAAAUGAUAGACUUAAUUACCACAAUUGAGGGAGAGAAAGAUCUAACAAAGUACUCAUUGCCACUUCAUCGCCGCAUUGUUCAGUACAAAACUGCUUAUUACUCUUUUUACCUUCCGGUUGCUUGUGCUUUACUUAUGGCUGGCAAGAAUCUUGAUGAUCAUAUUGACGUCAAGAACAUCCUUAUAGAAAUGGGAGUCUAUUUUCAAGUGCAGGAUGAUUAUCUAGAUUGUUUUGGCACUCCUGAAGUGAUUGGUAAGAUUGGAACUGAUAUUGAAGAUUUUAAGUGCUCUUGGUUGGUUGUGAAAGCGAUGGAACGUUGUAAUGAAGAACAAAAGAAAUUGUUGAUUGAGAAUUACGGAAAAGAAGAUCCAGCCUGUGUUGCAAAAGUGAAAGAGCUUUACAAUACAAUUGAUCUUCAGGGUGCAUUCGUAGAGUACGAAAGCGAGAGUUACGGAAAGCUGAUAAAAUCCAUUGAAGCUCAUCCCAGUAAGGCCAUUCAAGCUUUGUUGAAGUCAUUUUUAGCCAAGAUAUACAAGAGGCAGAAGUAGAAUCUUCAUCUAUCAAUAGACAAGGACUAGAUGAGUAGCUAUCUGAAUUUUUUUUUUUUUGCCUAUUUU